CCGCGCCUCUGCACAGGGACGUGAUCACUGACAAUUCUGACCAAAACAAACCAGUGAGCAUGGACGCGUAGCUUCCAGGACACCGUUCCAUUCAUCCCCUUUCGCGCCAGCCAUCGACAGCGUUUUAAUCAACAUGAGCCCUGGUCUAGGACACGAUCCCCUUCCUUCGUACAAUAUCUCCGCCAUAGGCAACACGGCACUGUGCUUAUGGCAGCAGCCGCAGCAUAUACUGUUCCAGUUGGCGAACUUCUGUUUCAUGUUGUCCUACUCGGCACCAUCCUCGAGAAAAGGGAUACUGUUUAUGCACUCCGUCCUGAUAAUUGGGUUUAUGUUGCUGUCUGGUUGGGCAUGGCACGUGAUAUGUGCGCCGGACAUAUUCUUCUGGAACUUCAGUUUCCUGGUGUUAAACAUCGGACAGCUGGUUUACAUCGUCUAUCAAAUGAGACCCGUUCGAUUCGAUCCUGAAUUGGAGGAAGCAUAUCAUACUCUUUUCUACCCGUUUAAAGUAUCUCGAUUGCAGUUCAAGAGGUUGGUAUCUCCGGAAUUUGCAUCAAUAAUGUCAUUGCACGCUGGCGAGGCCUACGCCAUGCAGAACCUAACACCAACCGACAGAUUAGGCUUGUUGCUCAACGGGAAAGUGAACGUCCUAAGCGAUUCGAAUUUCUUGCAUCCCAUACUGCCUUGCGAGUUUUUGGACUCGCCAGAAUUCGAAAGUUCUAGGGCGUCCGUCGACGACAAAUUUCAGGUAUCAAUCGUUGCGGCCAGUUCGUGCAGAUAUUUAUACUGGCAGAGAUCAGCGUUGGAAUACCUUUUAGUCAAAGAAGCGUAUCUCGCUACAGUUUUAACAACACUGGUCGCGAGGGACAUAGCCACCAAAUUGUAUGCUAUGAACAAUAAGAUUGUUACAGACAAAGGAUCACAUCUGGAUAUCAGGCUUCCUACCAUCAGUGCAGGGUUAAGUAUAAGCGGUGAAUACAGAAGUCCAAGAGCAUCCAGGCAGGCACUGAUCCGUAGAAAAGAGUCCUCCUUAUCCUCUGACAAUGUGACCACCAACAUGAAAGAUCGUCCAGUGAACAAUCUCACGAAGAAGGGAGCACCAAACAUGGAACCCCUGCCGGAGAUGCCCUCCUGCGACGACUUGGCUUCUAGUGGCGUUGAGAGCUGGUUGGACUCAUCCAGCAAGUACCACAGCUGCGAGAUCGUGGAUCAAGACUAGCAGGAGGCCUCCCUGACGCCUGGCACCUCCUCCGAGGGUGACAGCGACUAGUGCCGGCGUUUUCAAUAUGCCUUUGCAUAUUGAACAAGACUGCAUUUUUUUAUCAGGACUCGAAAAAAUAAGAAAGACUGAUGAUCGUAUCUGUGCACUCGUGAACGAUCACAGCUCUGCGCUUCUAAACGAUGAGAAGAAUUACUCUUGCCACGGUGACACUUGUGUGCUGAUUACAGUGCUAGAAAAAAGUGAUUUUAUAAAUAAUUCGAGACAAUUUUUGUCUGCUCUACCCUUAGAGCUGAUCAUUAGUUGGGGGAUGGAAUGGUGCAAGUUUACUGGUUGUAAAGACCAACCCGUAAUUUUUAUUAUGUCAACCAUUAAAUAACUUUGAUUUUUAUUUUUAGACACCUUUCGAAUCAAGAUGUCUCGAGGAUGUAUUAUUUUUUCAAGUUUAUUUCAGAUCAAAUGGAAAAGAAUUUCUCUGGUCCAUUUUUGACAUUAUCGUACCUGUUUUGUUUUUAUUAGGGUUUGCAAGGAACAUUUUGUUAUCUAUGAUAUUGAUUAUUUAUUUUUCUCAUAGCCAGAUGCUGAAUUUGGCGCACACGUUGUUGGAUGAAUGUAGAAUUGUACAGAUAGAAUGCUUUCCUGAAAAGUGUGCUAAGCCUACGACGAUUGUUAUUUAUAGCACGCGUCGUAUAUAUGUAAUGUUACAUAAUUUCCUUUCGGAUUGGAGAUUUUUAUACUAGUCUCUUGGGUGCUGGAGUAGGUGUAAUUGAAAUCUUUGAGUAGAUGCAACCUGGUUACCACAUAAUGAUUCAAAUGAAAUGAUUGAUGCCUCGAAAAUAAUUGCAUCAGGCGCGUCAUACGAUGCAGCAUGAUUAUUAGUAUAAAUCGUACCUUUUCCUCAAGGAACAAAGGAAAGAAGCAUCGAUAUUUAGCACGGAAAAUUAUUUAUACCUGCCAUUUGUACCUGCUACUAGAUUUGCAUUUAUUUUAUAUUCAUACUGGUGAUAUAGUGACAUCAAGUGAGUUUGCUUUUGCUCUGUCAAUUAAUAAAUAUAAUUACCAUGUGCUACGUACAGAUUGCGAGGCUUAUAGUGAACAUAUCUUGUUUGAAGACAGUCUACACGUAGCAAGUAUACAAUUUUUUUAAGAGUGAGAAAUAAGUAAAGGGAAAUCUCUUGAAAUCUUGAAGUAGAAGUUAAGUAUGAUUUUAUUUUCGAAGAGAUCGAUGCACAGCAGCAUUGUAAACGGAAAUAUUUCAUUCUGAGUGUGUACAUCUACCUAGGGAAGAAACGAAACGAUCGGUAGCCAAACUUAAGCAGAUUUAUUCAGUAGGAUCAGUCAGCCAUGGGUCCACCAUAGCUUCCAUAGGACUUGGAACGAGCAACGAGUCCAAGAAUCGCACAAAGAACGGAACGUAUCGAAAACUCAGGUGCACUGUUCAAAAAGAUUCGUCUGAAAGCAUUUUUUCCUCUACUUUCGAGAUGUUCCUCGUAUAUUUUAACGUAUUAUAUAUUUUACACGUAGACAUACAUGUUCGCUAAGAUUUUGAAAGCUUCUUACAGAUUCGCACGCCAAGAAUUUCGAUAAGUGUUGCUUGCUGGAUCUUUCUUUGAAACAGUGAUUACUCUAGAAAGUUGACCGUAUGUUUGUAAUAAUUAUUAAUAUACUUUAUCUUAGAAUACGUUUAAAGCUGGAUUCGCGUUACGCGUCAGGCCAUAGGAACACUUCUCAAAGGUUGUGAAUAAUUUCAAGCGUUUAUUUCAUUGAUCGUAAUAUCAUUCGACUAAAUAAACUACGAAGAAUUUUUUAACCGGUGGUCUAUGGACGAACAAUGCGAAUCCAGCUUAAUAACAGCAGGGUCUGGUGCAAAUGCAUUGUUAACUUUGCACAACAACGUCACUAAUGGCAAUAUGAAAGCUCGAACAGGUUCGAGGUAGUUUGUAGCAUUUAAAUACGUGUUUUGUACAGAUUUUAAUUACUGUUUCCUUGUUAAUAAACGAUACGAUGGA